UCGAGUAUAAGGCAUCUUUAAAUCAAUAAUUUUUCGGUGGAUCGUUUGAGCAUAUUUGGAUCUAAUAUCUCGUCUCUUUUAAAUUUUUAUGAAUACUACCAUUGACAUAUAUCACUCACGAUGGCUCCAGCAACUGCAGAAUCAAUAAAGCCUAGAGAUGUUUGUGUUGUUGGUGUUGCCCGUACUCCAAUUGGGGGCUUCCUUGGCUCUCUUUCAUCAUUGUCAGCAACUAAACUUGGAUCAAUUUCCAUCGCCGGUGCUUUGAAGAGAGCAAAUGUUGACCCAUCACUUGUAGAAGAAGUUUUCAUUGGAAACAUCCUCAGUGCAAACUUGGGACAGGCUCCAGCUAGACAAGCAGCAUUGGGUGCAGGAAUACCCAAUUCAGUGAUUUGCACUACCGUGAACAAAGUUUGUGCAUCUGGAAUGAAAGCAACUAUGCUUGCAGCACAGAGUAUCCAGUUGGGCAUCAAUGAUGUUGUUGUGGCUAGUGGAAUGGAAAACAUGUCUAAUGUCCCUAAGUACAUUGUGGAAGCAAGGAAGGGAUCUCGUCUUGGUCAUGACAGUCUUGUUGAUGGAAUGCUUAAAGAUGGUUUGACUGAUGUCUAUAAUGAUUGUGGUAUGGGAGUUUGUGCAGAAAUAUGUGCUGAGAACCAUAAAAUUACAAGAGAGGAUCAGGAUAACUAUGCAGUUCAAAGUUUUGAACGGGGCAUUGCUGCUCAGGAAGCUGGUGCGUUUACAUGGGAGAUUUUGCCGGUUGAGGUGCCUGGCGGAAGAGGAAAACCAUCCACCAUUGUUGAUAAGGAUGAAGGUCUAGGAAAGUUUGAUGGUGCAAAAUUGAGGAAACUCCGACCAAGUUUCAAGGAAAAAGACGGCACAGUAACUGCUGGUAACGCUUCUAGCAUAAGCCCAGAACUUCUCGUGCUUAUCAUAUUUCAUUCGGGCCAGGGUGGUCGGGACGGGAUCAUUGCUGCUGUGGUUGUGUGGUCAGAUUCUGACCAAUACAGUUAG